AUGGCUGCCCAGGGAAGGGAAUACACAUCUGCACCCGCUGAUGGAUCCCGGACGAUUACGCUGCACGAUUCGCAACCACGACCAGAAGAUGAUGCUAGUCAGCCUGUGGUUGUGGGAACUCUUAGAUUACGGGGGGAACCACGCAAGACUCGUCAGCGAGUUGCAUGGGAUGAAGACGUGAUUGAUAAUGAGGGAUCCGGAAAGAAAAAGUCAAAGAUUUGCUGUAUAUACCACAAGCCUCGGCGGUUUGACGAAUCGUCUGAUGAAGAAUCAUCCGGGUCAGACUCUGAUUCAGACUGUCAGCACAGUAAUUGCCCACGUCAGAGAAGGAUGCAUCAUCCAGAAGGAGACGGACAUAGUAAUGGACUUGCUAGGCGUGACGCUCCUCACAGGGGAGUGAUUCAUGAAGUAGAAGAAGCGGGCUCGAGUGCUAAUGCGUAUGAACGCGCUCCCAAGACUAAAAGUAAUUAG